AUGGUAACGGGUGGGGAUGAGAACCGUGCCUUCGACUCUGCGAAUGAUGUUCCGUUGGCAAGAGUGCGGGCCAACAGGAAACCAGAUCAUCCGGAGAAGACCCACGCGUGGGAGGUGGGCGACAGCCUCUCCUAUUACAGACGAGACAGCUGCGCCAGCUGCCCCAGCUGCUCCAGCUGCCCCAGCUGCUCCAGCUGCCCCAGCUGCUCCAGCUGCCCCAGCUGCUCCAGCUGCCCCAGCUGCUCCAGCUGCGCCAGCUGCCCCAGCUGCCCCAGCUGCCCCAGCUGCGCCAGCUGCCCCAGCUGCGCCAGCUGCCCCAGCUGCCCCAGCUGCGCCAGCUGCCCCAGCUGCGCCAGCUGCCCCAGCUGCGCCCAGCCCCACGAGGUCGCCUUCUCCGUGUUCCGGCAGACGCGACCCGAUCUGCCUGGGCAGCAGCGGAAACCGGCGCCGUCGCUGACCGUGCUCCCCGCCUCCGCGAGCAUGCCGACCCCGCGCAAGUACGUCAUCUGUGGCCUCUCGGUGAUCAUGGUGGCCUCUUUCCUCUUCACGCUGCACGGCGUCGAGAACCUUGUGCCGUGGUUCGAUACGAUAAGGGGCCUGGUGCCCACGGCGCCGUCGUUGCCGUCACUGCCGUCCAAACCCGCCGAAAACUUCACAGAGCCAUGCUACCCACGUGCCAACAUCGCGACCGAGGUGGCCGACUUUGCCUCGCUGCCCCAGCACAUGCAGCAGUUCAUGACGUACCGCCACUGCCGCCGCUUCCCCAUUAUCAUCGACCAGCCCAACAAGUGUGCCGGCGUGAAACCCGAGCAGCCGCUGCUGCUGCUCGUCAUCAAGUCGCUGUCGGAGAGCUACAGCAAGCGACAUGCCAUCCGCCAGACGUGGGGGCAGGAGGUGGCGGUGGGAGGCCUGCAGGUGCGGCUGAUCUUCCUCAUAGGCGUCUCCGACAACGAGGCGCGCCGCCCCUUCUACAACCACUUCCUGCAAGAGGAGGCCGCCAAGAACGGCGACAUCCUGCAGUGGGGCUUCCUGGACACCUUUUUAAACCUGACGGUGAAGCAGGUCAACUUCCUGCACUGGCUCAACCAAAGCUGUCCGCACGCGGCCUUCAUCUACAAUGGGGACGAUGACAUGUUCCUGCACAUAGCCAACCUGGUGGAGCUGCUGCUCGGGUACCCACAAGGUGACUUCUACGUGGGGCACAUCAUCGACGACACGCCACCCGUGCGCUACGUGCCCAGCAAGUACUACGUGCCCACGCAGCUGUGGCCGCACUCGACAUACCCGGCGUACGUAGGCGGCGGUGGGCUGGCGAUGGCCGGCUCGACUGCACUCAAGUUCUUCAACGCGUCGCACUCGCUCGAAAUCUUCCCCAUCGACGACGUCUUCUUCGGCUUGUGCGCCGAGUCCAUGCACGUCAAGGUCAUCAACCACCUGGGCUUCAAGACGUACGGUGUGGAUGCCCUCCUGGCCUCGAACCGCGAAGCGCUGCCCAACAACUACGUCCUUAAUGAGCUCAUCUGCGUGCACAAGUUCGACCCUAACGAGAUCAUAGUCAUGUGGCAUAAGGUCGUGCAGGAUCUGGAUAAGUAGGACGUGAACGGUGGAAGAGAAUUACGGCGGUCAUUUUUGUCACGGAUUAUUUUUUACCACCCUUAUGAGUGCCAAUGUGACGGAGGAGCGUGGGCAGGAUUCUACCGGGGAGACGCCUCCAUUCCCUCCCCCCCCCCCUCCCCCAAGGCUCUGUCUCUAGACUCGGAAUGGUGGUUGCAGUGAGGGAUUAAGGCCUCGUUACAUACCGAAUUAGAAGUGCAUUCAUCUCGCGGGCUGGGCCCGUUGGUUGCCAGGUGACCAAAUGUGCUGCGAGAUGUUUUUUUAAUCUCCCCACAGGUGUAUCACUCGUCGCCUGUGUUAUUACCUGUGCCUUCCCAGUAAGCCUACAACGAUGGGCCAACGUUGGCAUGUGGUUAGUCCAACGUUGACCUAACGUUCCACGUUUGCUGAGACUGCACAUGCUGCUACAGAACACGGACGCUCUGAAGUCACCAGAUAAAGUUGAUGCGUAGGCAAUCGGACUGCUGGAAAGUCCGCGGCCAAGUCCGACUUCUCCUGCGAUCGGGGCAUGGACGGCAAAGAUGUUGGUGCUCGAUUGUGACGUCGUUUUUGAACUGUGCAAUGAUGCCGGUAGCAUUUGCAACGUCACAAUCCCACGUGCGCAACCGCUCGCUAUAUUUAUGCAUUUUAAUUUAUGCUGUGUUAACCGCGUCUCUCUACGCGCCAUGUGUAAAGCGCUGGGACCUGGUCCAGUCCCCGGCCCAUCCCCACAAUGGGGCGGCCAGGCAGCCUAAGCCACCGAGACCCGGCACUCGUGGUGUCGCUCGUACCGGCGUGCUCUGCGUGUGGCGUGCGCGCCAUGCCGCCCCCGUGCCCUGGUGGCGUGGCGCCAGAGCCGGGGUACUGCGCCACUGCUGAGAUCGGCCCCGGAAUGAUGGCCCCUGGCUCGGGGGUUUAGGCGAGGCCCAGGCGGACCUGGAAUUUGGACUCUAAUAAGGUUGGAUCAGCAAGUAAAUCCACGCCAAUUUACAGUCACACGAUAACACCCAGCGUGGAAGAGUAGGCCAAAAUAACCUCUAGUGAGGGCCCCCUUCCUGCAGAGCUGCAUCUUUAGCUUUCCCUCACCAUAAAAUGUGGCCGAUGACCGAUUCACCUUAAAUGUGCCGGGUCUCGUGAGAUCCUGAGAAGUAGACUACACAGGCUGGCCGUAGCCUACGGCACCGGAUGGGAUGACCGCCGUUACGUAGUCGGCAGUGUGGGUUGCGGCAAGCCUGCGUUCUCAGCAGAGACUGAUGCAGCAACUUCCACUGUUGUUCUCUACUGUCCUGUGCUCCAAUGUCUGCGCUCUCUCCGCGGCCUACUCCGCAUAGCGAGGCCGUCAUCCAGCAGUGGAUCAACUAAUGAGCUGUGAGUGUAUACGUACAGUACAAUACACAACUAGUGUACAGUAUUCUAUCAUUGUAAUUAUUACAUUAACAUAGAUUAUAAAAAUGUGAAGGCCCUACUUUCAUUAAUUCUAGCUCUUGCUCUGAAAGAUAUUGCCUGUGUCCACACCAUUGCUACCCUGGCCAGUCAAGGGACACGUGAAGCCCCAGUAGAUCGAAGGAAGAAACCUUCCCUAGGCCUUGAUCGGAGCGAAUAUUUAAAUAUUCAUUAAGCACAGGAUACAGAACAUUUUUAUUCGGUACAGAGACGAGGCAAAUAUAUUUUUUUUAUCUAUAUGAAAUAGGUGGCUGAGAUUAAUCGCAAAAGUGCAUACCCGUGUACCACGCGGUGGGAUGUCUUUGGUAAUUCUUGAUUAUUUGCUGGGCGGUGGUGGCUAUACACACCUGGAACCUGGCCCUGUGGGAGACAACGGUUGGUGAAUCGCACACAUGUUGCGAAACUCCUUUCCCGUGAGCGUCGAAGAGGCGACAUACCCUGGUAUUCCAGAAAAGGGGAACAACAAGCAUGGGUUUUCUCCGGGUGGUCCGGAUUCAUCCCACACGUAUAAACACUAAUUAAUUGGCUUAAAACGUCUUGAUAUAUAGAGGAGCGCAGAGCUUGGGCAAUUGUUGGUAACACCAGCUCACCGCCUGGCUGCUACCUUCCCACUUGGCCGUGGGCUGCUUGGUGAUAGUGAGAUGCAACUUGUGUGAACGCCGUCACUACCGUUAUACGUGUAUUACAUGUGUGUAAAA